UUCCCUGCGUUAAAAACAAGACAUUUAGAGGUCACGUGAUCARAAGCUUUUACGAUAUCCAAUCACCCAGCAUGCUUGAAUGUCAGGCGAAAUGUUUCCAAGAAAGAAAAUGUGUAUCGUUAAACUUGGGUACCGUGAGAGGGAAUAUCACGACGUGUGAAUUGAAUGACCUCGAUCACGUGACUCACCCAAGUGACGUUAUAUCGAAGAUGGGCUACCAAUACUGUCCUAUUAAGAAUCCUUGUUCUUCAAACCCUUGUUCUAUGGGAAAGCAGUGUAGACCAGAUUUUUACGAGGGAACGUUCCGCUGCUUAGAUCUGGCAUGGAGCCAGUGGGGUGUAUGGUGCAAAUGUCCUACAACUCGGUCCCGAGUACGUAUCUGUCUUAACAAACUUGCGAAGGCGAAGGAAUCAGAUUGUCCUGGACCAAGCCAUGAAAGCAACAAUAGUACUCCAUAUCAAAAAGUUCCCACAAGCUGUGCCGAUGCUUUACAUUGUGGCUGCAUUAUAAGUGGUGUCUACAUUUUCAACGGUACUCUUAAAAUGUUCUGUGAUCAAGAAACCAAUGGCGGUGGAUGGACAGUUAUCCAGAGAAGACAAGAUGGCUCACAAGACUUUUWUCUGGGAUGGCACUACUAUAAGGUUGGCUUUGGUAGUCUAACUGGAGAAUUCUGGUUGGGACUCGACAAGAUCCACCAACUGACCCAACAAAGUCGACACAGUCUUCGUGUUGAUCUGGAAGACACUGCCUAUGCUGAGUACGAUUAUUUUGCUGUGAGUGACGAGUCCGAUUUGUACAAGUUGAGUCUUGGUAACUAUACAGGAAACGCUGGAGAUUCACUCGGAGUGCAUCGCAACCUAUCUUUCACGACCAAAGACCGCGACCACGAUUCUUUUGGUGGGAGGAAUUGCGCUUCUAUAUUCAAAGGAGCAUGGUGGUACAAAGCAUGCCACCUUMACGGUUGCCACYUUACUGGAUUGUACCUCAAUGGUAAAACUUCGGUGUAUGCUAAGGGUAUUGUUUGGAGCUCCUGGAAGGGGUAUUACUACUCUGCUAAAACAGCUGAAAUGAAGAUUCGACCAAUUAACUGAGCGCUUUCCUAUGAUUAGACAGUUGAAUAUGCGGACCAGAUUACAGCUUCAAUUUAAAACACCUGCAAGUAGAGUUAUAUUUAAGCGCUAUGAAAAUCAGUAGAACAAAAAAAUAAUGCUCAACUUUGAUGGAGAUCUGAAUGACAAGUAUACUUUCACUUAUUCUUGCCAACAUCUUUAUUAAUGCAUUCUUCCUGAGCACUUCGUCACCAUUCCAGCACGAGCACCCAAGAUCUUCAAGAGAUGUAUUGACGSUUGUUUCUCAACUCGAUGAGCCAGUUGUUACUAUGACAACAUCAUGACAUGGUGAAAGAGAUAGUUAUAUAUCCACUUAGCUCUACUGCAUGCUGUAAAUUAUAAUGCGCAUGUAUUUGUAUAAAGGUUGUGUUUGUAUGGGUUGUACAAACGGGUAUUGGACAAUUUAACCCCCUUUUCAUCUAAUGAAGUCAUAUUUCCUUAAGGARAWAAAUUGUUAGUUUCUUGGUUAGUCCCAAUAGGCAAUGUGCAGCGAAGACAUUUUG